AUGUCAGUACUCACUUCUCCAAGAGGAAAAGUGGAAGUGGUACAUUGCCGAAGAACAGAGUCACAGGAUAUUUACUGUAUCAAAAACCUCAUUAGAAAAUUUACCCAGAAGCUCUUUGGAAAUCUUAAUAUCAUCUAUCUUCUGGAGAAAGCAAACCUUGCCAUCACCCUCCACAAUGACCAAGAGGAGAUCAUGGCCCAGGCCACCUUCCUGGAUUACCCCAACUGGAAUAUCGCCACGCAGGACGAUUGGGUGUCAGUGUUCCGGGAGCUGGACAGUGACAUACCAUGCACACCUCUGAACACACUUUUCAUGCACCUCUUUGUGGCGGUGGAUGAGUAUUCUGUCGGCUGUUGCAAAGAGAUUAUUUGGACCGUUUUCAAGGCGGUGCCGGACCUGCACUUCGUGUUCCUCAUCGUGCCAUCCUGCAUGAGCCUUGGCUCCACUCUCAUAACCGUGUUCAGCCAAGUGGGGUGUGUCCCAAGCCUGACGAAUGAUGAGGACUUUGCUGUGCAUGUAUGUCACAGGCAAAACCACUACCCUCAGCUGCACAUCCGCAAAGCCAGGGUGGAAGAUCACGAUGACCUCAUGCCAAUAUUCCUGCACCACGACACCAUCCUGAAGGAGACGUACGGCGAGUACUUCCUGGCUGAGCUCAUCGAGGCCCAAGACGAGGAGAAUCACGCUGUUGUGUGUGAGGUGGAAGGUGUGGCUGUCGGGUUCAUGAGUGUGUGCUCACAAGUGAACCUGCAGCUCCUGCACAAGUGCUUUGACCUGGGACCCUUCCAUGGCCUCUGCAUCCCGCAUCAGGACGAUAUCCUAGAACCACCCCAGGAGUUCAGCAUCCAUGAAAGUUCAGACUCCAAGCUCGAGAACAUCAGCGAGGAAUACCAGAAAAUAGUCAAGAAGCCGCAGGAAGCUGUGUCGCUGGAGACCAGGGAGAGCAUCCAGAGAAAAGGUGCAGAAGCCACAGUGGAGGAGGCUUUGUCACCAGUCAUAAGUGAGAACACUAGUGAAGUGGAGGACUCAGAAAAACUCAGUCAAGUGAGCAGUAUGGUUUACAUGGGUUACUACACCAGCCAUAGGAGCUCAUUGUCCCUGUCUCUGCCCGAGGACACCAGCAGUUUCCGCCCCGUCUAUAGGGGCGCCUCCACUGCCUUCUGCAUCCAGCUGUUUUUCAUCGACAAGAAGUACGAAGCAAGGUCACUGGACUUUAUGAAUUUUGUUUUCCAUCUUUUCCAUGACAAGGACUUCUGCAUCAUUUCUGUGCCGCAUCUCACCCCUGAGUUUGUCCUCAUCCAGAGCUUCGUGAAGGUGGUUCCCUUCAACAACUGCACCCUAGACCAGGACCUGUACGUCUUCCAUCGGGCGGGGUUGCUCAAGACCAUUAAAAUAAGAUUAGCUACUCUCUCGGACACUCCUGGUGUUGAAAAGCUCGUCAGCACCCUCAUGCCGUCUAAAAGCAUAUUGGAGGAUUUGAAGCAGUACAGCGAGGCUCGCAGGGACCCUGAUGGAACACCACUUCAGGUAUUUGUAGCUGAAGUUGCAGAACAGGUAGUCGGCAUCGCAGUGAUCAGAAAUGAAAUGGAUAUAGAGUAUAUCCGAUCUCACUAUAACAUUGAAGAUUUCAUCUACUUCAAUCACCACCAGCGUGAAGAGCACGGACACCUGUAUCACUUUGUCCUGAAUCCCAUUUUCCGGCACUACACCAAGUUUUUUCUCAAGGAGAUCCUCCGUUUAGGAUACAAAUCUUGUCUCUACUACCCUGUUUACCCACAAGUCAAGGAAAGCAAGGUCCAGAGCCCCAAGGCUUACUCGCUGACGUCCGCCCUCCACUACUUGGUUCCCGUGCGGCCCCGACGACAGAUUGUCUAUCCCCUGGAAAAGCUUGGCAUCAACGCUCCAUCAAAGGAGGUCUCCAAGGACGCGUUGAGUUAUGCCUUGAACCAUACAAACAGAAAACUAUCAUUGGAACCUAAAAUAACCAUCAAUGCCAAGAUUGUUGUCGUUGGCGCAUCCAAUGUUGGAAUUUCCUUCCUAGAAACAUUGGUAUUUUGCUCUCAUCUGAAGUUCAGUAAUCUCACCUUGAUUUCAACCUACGGACUCCCAGGAAAAAAACUUCUGGGCAAUGAACAAAGGAAAUUUUUAGCAAAUGACCACUGCUAUAAUGACAGAGAUCAUGAAUUGAUGUCGCUGUGCUCCUGGGUCAACGUGGUGGUUGCUAGGAUGACUGCCAUAGACCGAGCAGCCAAGCAGGUCAUCGUUUCGAGAGAGAAAGUCGUGCUCUACGACCACCUCAUCCUCUGCACCGGACGGCAGUACCAGGGAAGCAACUCGAGGGCCGGGGGACGUGGGGCAGGGGUUGGGGCACAGGUCCCAUGCCCGACGGAGGUGGAUAUUAGCCUCCAUCCGACCAACAGAGAGGUUUCAAACAGCUGCCUGCGGCGGUACACCGGCCCAAUUCCCUGUAAUCAUUUCACCCUCAACAAUGAGGAGGAUUGCCUGAGGGCCCUGGCCUGGAUCAAGAACAAGUCCAUCACGGCUGAAGGGAACGUCAUCAUCUAUGGGAACUCAAUUGACACAUACACCACUGUGGAGACCCUCUUGAACCUGGGGGUCAGGGGCUCCUGCAUCCACCUGGUACAGCAUCCACCCACGUCCAUCAUCACCUGCAUCAACGACUGCGCAGUGGAGGGUGCGAUAGAGGAUGCGCUCCAGGCCGCGGGGGUGACUGUGUACCGGGACGCACUGCUGGCUCAGUGGAACAACGGGCUGUACCCGGACCCCAUCCACACCGCCAGCUUCACCACGCCCACCAAGCCCUUCCAGCUCCCCUGCUCCAUGUUCUUCAGCUUCCUCGAGAAGAACGUGGAUUAUGAAACGUUCAAAGCCUUCAAUGAUGCAUGCCUGGUCUACGAUGGCCGACUCGUGAUUGACAGCAACUUCCACACCAACGACAUAGCCAUCAGAGCUGCCGGCCCCCUCACCAAGUUCUCCAAUAGGUACUACUCGAACGAGUGGACACACAGCAACUUCAAUUCUAAAGAGAUUGGCUUCCAGCUGGCGGCAGCAAUGCUCAAGCUCUUCGAUCCGACUCUGGAGCCUGUGACUGAACCACCGGCUGACCUUGACCGACUCAUCCCCAUGUACAAGGGAGCCAAGAUUAAAGGAGGCAUCCUCCCUGGGUCUUAUCAUUACUUGCAUGUCUCCAAGCCUGCCAUCCCAACCCCUUUGGAGGUACAGAGGGCCCAGUCUGAUUUUGGUUCAGAAAUAGUGACGGGUAACGUGAAGAAUGGGAAUUACUUCCGCAUCCACAUUAACAAGUACAGGAUGGUGGAAACCAUCACGUGCCUUUCCAAAGUGCCUUUCCCCGCCUCCAACUACAUCCGCUUGUUUGGUCAGCACGAGCAAGCCCUCAACAACCUGUGCGCUCGGUAUGAGGAUGGGCUGGUCCCAGAUCUCUACAGCUACUUCACGGAGUCGUGGUGCAUGGCCCUCUUUCACGAUCGUUUUAUUGAUCUCCGGAAAGCGUUACACCAAAUCUUAUCCUCCAAGGAGGAUGAAAAACUUCCUUCUAUGGAAGAGUUAGCCCGUCAGAUCGAAGAUGAGGAAAUCAACCUGCCAGAGAAGCCCAGGGAUUACCUCAAAAGAGUUUUCCAGGAAACCAUCUACAGGCCUCUGGUGGAGAAGAGCAUCCUUGACUACCUGCACUACAAUCAUUACCACCUGCCCAUGUACGCAUGGCCGGGCAUCAUUUAG